UUCAAACGUUUUGAUCCAUUGAGCAACAGCAUCAAGUUGCCGCAUCAUGCCGAUCGGGUAUGGUGCCGAGCCAGAGAUGUCUUGGGCGAGUCCCAAGUGCACUGGCGAAGUCCCCAACAAGCGAUCAGGGCAUACCCUGACGCUGCGCGGGUCCGAAAACACACUAUAUCUGUUUGGCGGAUGCGACCACAAAGUUCCCCCCGGCCCAAGCAACGACCUGUUUAAGCUUGACAUGAACGGCGGGUUCAAUUGGUCUCGAAUCGUCCCCGUGUCGUCGGCGCCGGAGGACACCCCGCCCGCCCGGUGGCGGCACUCGGCGCUGCUCUACAAUGACAAGAAGCUCGUCAUCUUUGGCGGGUUCGCCGCCGAGAAGCGCAUGAACGACCUGUGGGUCUUCGACUGCGACACCAAGCUAUGGGAACAGCAACACCCGCAAAACUUUUGGGAAGGAUUGCCGCAGUGUCGCGGUUCACACUCGGCAACGUUGGUCGACCACAAAAUGGUCGUGUUCGGGGGGUACGGCGGCAAUGGGUACGGCCGCACCGACUUCAACGACGUCCACGCGUUGGACUUGAGGACGUGGAAGUGGGAAGAAAUCUUGACCGAGGGCGAGAAGCCCGAGCCGCGGUCGAGCCACCAGACGUGCUUGAUUCAGAAUAAGCUGUUUGUCAUCGGCGGAUGGAAUUCGGUGAAGCAGUUUCACGACUUGUUUGUGCUCGACUUGACGACCAACUCAUGGAGCGCGCCCGAUGCAAAGUUGCCCGUGCCGACGUGGAAUCACUCUUGUGUCGGCGUCCAAGCCGUGCCAAACUGGAAGAUCUUUAUGUUUGGCGGCAACUCGGGUGACUUGAACGAGUCGGGCAAUUCCCAGGGCACGUACUUGAAUCAUGUGUCUGUGCUCGACACAGGGUUGAUGCAAUGGCGGCAGCCGCCGGUAAAAGGCGACUCGCCGUUGCCACGAGCGGACACGGCAUUGGUGUACGACCCCGUAGGUUACAAAGUGCUUCUCUUUGGGGGGUGGGCAAACCGAUGGUUUGGCGACUUGCACUGCCUCCACGUGAAUGAAAUCGUCGGGCCGCCGUACUCGGUGUCGGCCAUCGUGCCAGCGUCGGGGCCGAUCACAGGCAACACCCGAGUCAAGGUCGAAGGCUACAACUUCACUGGAAGCAAUGCCAAUGUCCGGUUCGCCGUCUCCAAAGGAUUCGUCGACGUCCAAGGGCAAGUGGUGUCCCCCACCGCCAUUCAAGUCACGACGCCCAACUUUGACAAGUACGGCCCUCUCCAAACCGAAGUUCGCGUCGCCUUGCCUGGCGAAUCGUUUACAAACAUCAGCACGUCGUACAAGUUCCAUAGCGUCACGAACGCCGCCAAGAGUCUCGGGUUUGGGCCGUGCUUGAUGAUGUCGCUGUCGCACCUCGUGAUGGCCCAAGAGCCAACGUCGUUUAUCCUCCAGGCCAUGGACAAGGACGGUGUCCCGCGCGACUGCGGCGGCGACGUCUUUACGAUCCAGUUGGUCGAAGCAAAGGAAUCGGACAGACUACAAAUGGACAUCACGACCAUCCACGACAAGGGCGACGGCCGGUACAUCGUGACAUUUGUCCCGCCAGCCCCGGGCAAGUAUACUCUCUCCAUCACGUUCGAAGGGACGUUCGAUGGCGUUGCCGGGCCCAUUCGCGGGUCCCCGUUCGCAUGCACGUUCCAACCCCCCAGCGACGAAAUGACGAUUCGAUGCGUGCCGUCGAUCGCGCGAGAAGACGACUUCAACUCGAGCGACUUGAUCCGAAAGCUGUACACCGACACCACCAAACGUGCCGGUGAUUUCAAGCGUGUCCUCAAGGAGCUCAAAGCGGACAUCCCGAGCAACGACGUCGAUGGGCUCGAAGCACUCAAGAAAAUCAAGGACUUGAUGCGCAAGCUCGAACACGACCGCGCGGCCAACCAGCUCCUCCAAGAACAAACAUCGCACUUUUUCCACUACAUGAAGAAGAUUGGCGCGCACGUCGACAAGGAAACAAUCGACGUCGAGAACCUCGCCAAGCUCUUCCACGACGUCCAAGCGCAGUGUCCCGAGACCGAAGCGCGGAUCACCGAGCCGACGCGCAUCUUUUCCGAAAAGACCGAGGCCGCGAUUGUCCUGUACGAGAAGAAGAUCAAAACGUGGGGCGACACGAUCAAGACGCUCGACUUUUGGGACGCCAAGCUCGAGCCGGACAAAGCGCUCGAGAAAAUUGAGAUGCAGCUCGUCGAAUUCGACAACGAAAAGAAGCGUUGUGCCGAGAAGAGCGACUUGAGCCUCAUCUUUGGAUUUCCCCACCUCAUGACGGAAACCCACAGGAUGAUGACCGCGUUACGCAACGAAAUUGAAGGCUCCAAGACAGUGUGGGCCAUCAUCAAACGCACAAAGGCGUUCUUCAUCGCGACGCACGAGAUUCCGUGGCUCUCGAUCGAUUGCAAUGCGCUGGCCAUGGAGAUCUCGGCCACGUUGAAGGAACUGAAGAAGAUCCCCAAGGACAUUCAGUGGUGCAAUGCGUACAAGUGGAUCUUGAAGGAGUGCCAAGCGUUCGACAAGACGCAUCCGCUGCUUCGAUGUUUGAGCUCAUUGUACAUGCGAUCGCGCCACUGGAAGCGCAUCCAGGCGCUGACGGGCGAGUUCACGCCGCCGGACGUCAACCCGGACCAAAAGCUCGGUUUUCUCUUGAGCAAGCGGUUGCACGAGUACGCGAGCGAAAUUGGCGAGAUUUGCUACGAAGCGGAAAAGGAGCAAGAGCUCGAGACCAAGCUCGUGGAACUCGAGGACGUGUGGAGCCAAAUCGAGUGGGAAAUGGUCCCGUAUAACCCGACCGCCCCGGAAGAUGAGCAAGUGCCGUUGCUCAAGAUCUCGGAAGACAAUUUCGAGCUGCUCGAAACCAAUCAAAUCGAUGUCCAAACCAUGACGUCGUCGCCGUACCAGUCCGAGUUUGAAGGGCGCGUGACCGAUAUGCACGAAGGUCUGGCGUCCGUGAACGAAGUGGUCGUCAUUAUCGGGGAAAUUCAACGCAGUUGGAGCUACUUGGAGCCGCUCUUUAUCCAGUCGGAAGAAGUCAAGAACCAGCUCCCGGCGCUGACGGCCAAGUUUGAGGACAUCGACAUCGAAGUCCGCAAGAGCUUGCGUGAGGCAUGGACCACGAGAAAUGUGAAAACAGCAUGCACAAAGCAAGGUCUGUUCAAGUUUCUAGAAGGCAUUGUCGAGCGGUUGGAGCUGUGCAAGCACGAACUCAAGGAGUUUCUCGACGGCCGGCGUCGACAAUUCCCUCGCUUCUACUUCAUGUCGGAAGCGGACUUGCUCGACAUCUUGUCGAACGGGUCCAACCCGGCCAAGAUCAUGCCGCAUGCGUCCAAGAUCUACUUGGCAUGCAAGACCAUGACGUUGAUUCCGAACCCGGGGGGACGACCGACGGCGUCGGCGUUUGUGUCGGGGGUUGGUCAAGAAGUUGUCGAUUUUGUCGAGCCCGUGCUUCUCGAAGGCGAGGCCGAAAUCUACCUCGAGGCGCUGCUGAAAGCGAUGAAGUUCACCUUGUUCAAGCACAUCGAACGCAGUUUGGUCUUGUACACGCAAGAACCGCGCGUCGAAUGGAUCAACUACAAAGACCCGACGGGGAAGCCUCUCGACGCGGCGCAGAUCAUUUUGUUGGCGGCCGGCGUCCAUUACGUGGCUGAGGUCGAAGCGGCAUUCACGGCUAUCGCCGGCGGGGACAAGGAAGCGCUCGUUCGGUACAACAAGAAGCAGGAAGGACAGCUCGAAGACUUGAUUAAGCUCACUCAGAGCAAAAUUUCCAAUGCCGAGCGCCAGCGCGUCAUGUGCUUGAUCACCAUGGACGCCCACGGGCGAGAUAUCGUGGCCAACAUGGUGCGCGCUGGCGUCGACGUUGCGUCGCAUUUCAUGUGGCAAUCGCAACUCAAGCAUUAUUUCAGCCCUGCCCAGGGCAGCUUUUUGAACCGCGAUCAAGCGUUCCGCGGCACCAACAACUCGCGCGCCCAGAUCCUCAUAUGCGACGCUGGUAUUCCAUACGACUAUGAGUACCUCGGCAACGGACCGCGGCUGGUGAUCACCCCGCUGACGGAUCGCAUUUACGUGACAGCGACCCAAGCCCUCAACCUCAAGAUGGGAUGUGCGCCGGCCGGUCCUGCAGGAACCGGCAAGACCGAAACGACCAAAGAUUUGGCCAACGCAUUGGGAAAAGCUUGUUACGUGUUCAACUGUUCGCCUGAAAUGGACUACAAGAGCCUGGGCAACAUCUUCAAAGGCCUGGCGUCGUCGGGGUCGUGGGGAUGCUUUGACGAAUUUAAUCGCCUUGUCCCGGAAGUCUUGUCGGUGUGUUCCGUGCAGUUUAAGGCCGUCUGUGACGCGUGCAAGGCGGACGACGAGCGAUUCAUUCUCGAAAACGAGCCCGUGAUGCUGGACCCGACAGUCGGCGCAUUCAUCACGAUGAACCCGGGGUACCUCGGGCGUUCCGAGCUCCCGGAAGGGUUAAAAGCGCUCUUUCGUCCCAUGACAGUCAUGGUGCCCGACUUGGUCUUGAUCUGCGAAAACAUGCUCAUGGCAGAAGGAUUCACGCAGGCCAAGAUUCUCGCGUCCAAGUUUUAUGGUCUCUAUUCGUUGCUCGGGCAACUUUUGUCCAAGCAAUUGCACUACGAUUGGGGUCUUCGCGCAGUCAAGUCGGUGCUCUGCGUCGCCGGGGCAUUCAAGCGCGCCGAGCCCGACAUUCCCGAGCCCGACUUGCUCAUGCGUGCAUUGCGCGACUUCAACAUUCCCAAGAUCGUUGUCGAGGACAACGUGAUCUUCUUUGGGCUUCUCGGGGAUCUCUUUCCCCGCAACGACCCCAACAUUGACGUCCGCAACGACCCUCCUCGCAAACGCGACCCCGAGCUCGAAUCGAUGGUCCAAGGGGCGUGCGAAGCGAUCAACAACAGUCCUCGCGACGAGUUCAUGCUCAAAGUUGUCCAGUUGUCCGAGUUGCUCGCGAUUCGGCACUGCGUGUUUGUGAUGGGACCACCGGCGUCCGGGAAGACGGAGACGUGGAAGACGCUGCGAAAAGCUCGAGAAAUCAUGGGAAUUUCGAUGGAAGUGCAAGAUUUGAACCCCAAGUCGGUCUCGACCAACGAGUUGUACGGGUACAUUGUGCUCAAGACGAGGGAAUGGAAGGAUGGAUUGCUGAGUAAGAUCAUGCGCGACUUGGGGUCGCGCACGAAGGAAAAUGGCGAAGAUGACACGUCGCCCAAGUGGAUCCUCCUCGACGGCGACUUGGACGCCAACUGGAUCGAGUCGAUGAACUCGGUCAUGGACGACAACCGCAUGCUUACGUUGGCAUCGAACGAGCGUGUGCCGCUCAAGUCGCACAUGCGGAUGAUCUUUGAGAUCCGAGACUUGGUGUACGCGACGCCGGCAACAGUGUCUCGAGCCGGGAUCUUGUACAUCUCGGCGACGGAAGGGUACCAGUGGCGGUGCUUGAUCGACUCGUGGCUGCUGCGGCACUGCACGCCGGACCCGACCAAGAAAGCAAACCAGCAAACCAUGUUGUUUUCGCCCGAGAUUCGCGACAAUUUUCAGGGACUGUUUAACCAGUACUGCGACCCGACGCUCAAGUUUUUCAAAAAGAAGCUGCAGCCCGUCAUUCCCGUCGAAGACGUCACGUUGAUCGGCAACUUGCUCAACAUGCUCGACUGCUUGCUCACGCCGGCGGUCCUGGCCGACUACACCGUGAUGCAAAACAACUUUGUCUUUUGCUGUGUGUGGGCGUUCGGGUCCAUCUUGACCGUGAGCGACGACGGCACGGACUACGCCGCCGAGUUUAGCACGUGGUGGAAAAAUACGUGGAAAGACGUCAAGAUCGUCGCGAGCGCCAACAACACUGUGUUUGACUUUUGGCUCGACCCCGAGUCGUCCAAGUUUAACCCGUGGAGCAAGUCGCCGUACUUUUACACGGCCACGUACAAGAGCCCGGACCCGAUCAACCAAAUCACGGUCCCGACCACGGAAACGUGCUCCAUCAGCUUUUGGCUCGAGAACUUGAUCAACAAGUCGCACCCGAUUCUCGUGUGCGGGCCGGCCGGCACCGGCAAGACCCAAAACGUCAACGGCGUGCUCAAGAAGUUGUCCAAGGAGGACGGGACGUCUAUCUUCCGCUACGCCACCAUCAACUUUAACUUUUACACGACGUCCGCGAUUCUCCAGUCUACGAUGUUCUCGCACUUGGAGAAGAAGACCGGGUCAAACUUUGGUCCGCCCGGCAAGUUUCGGCUCAUCUACUUCUUGGACGACUUGAACUUGCCCGAAGUGGACCCGUACAACACGCAGUCGGCCAUUUCCCUCUUGCGCCAGCAAAUGGAGUACAAACACUGGUUCGAUCGCAACAAGCUCCAGCUCCAGAACAUCCUCAACACGCAAAUCGUGGCCGGGAUGAAUCCGACGGCCGGGUCGUUCCUCGUCGAUCCGCGUCUCCAGCGACACUUUACCACGUUUGCCAUGGGCAUGCCGGAAGCGCCAUCCCUCGUGACCAUCUACGAAACGUUCUUGGGUGGCCAUCUCAGCACGUUCACGGGCGAACUGUCUGCGUCGGCGUUUUGGAAUUCCCUCAUCAAGGCCGCGUUGACGCUGCACACGUCGGUGGUCCAAACCUUCCGCAAGACCGCGGCCAACUUCCACUACGAAUUCAACGUGCGCCACUUGUCCAACGUGUUCCAAGGCCUGAUCGCGUCCAAGAAGGACCGAUUCAACAGCGCCGAGAAAUUUGUCCUGCUCUGGCUUCACGAAAGCGAGCGCGUGUACGGCGACCGUCUGGUGUGCAAGGCCGACAUUGAAAAGUACAACCAACUCGUGCAACUCCAAGUCAAGCGCAGCUUCCCCACGUGCAACACGUCGCGUUACUACGCCCUCGAAAACUCGUGGCCGUUGAUUUUCUGCCACUUUACCAAGGACGGCGAUCCCGAGUACGACCAAGUGAUGGGGACCAACCUCGAAGACCUCAAGAAGAACCUCGAGAUCCAACUGCGUGAUUUCAACAACAACGAAAACAACACGGCCAUGCUGCUCGACCUCUUUGACGACGCUAUCAAGCACGUGGCACGCAUUGUCCGCAUUUUACGCAACGAAUCCGGCCACGCGUUGCUCGUGGGUGUGGGCGGGUCCGGGAAGCGGUCGCUGGCGCGCCUGGCGUCCCACAUUUGCGAGUACACUGUCAAGCAGAUUUCGAUAUCGUCCAAGUAUGGCGAGAACGAAUUCAAGGAAGAUCUGCGCAAGAUGUAUUUUGUCAUUGUCGACCAGCUCAGUCGCAGCGAAGAGAAGGGUGGGGUGGUCUUCUUGCUCACGGACUCGCAGAUCACGAACGAAAAGUUUUUGAUUUACCUCAACGACUUGCUCGCGUCGGGGGACAUUCCCGACUUGUUUGCAACGGAAGACAUGGACAACAUUGUCAACAUGGUUUGCGUUAUGGCGGGGACAAAGGACCGGAAGGAAGUCAUCAAGUUCUUCCAGUCGGAAAUCCGCAAGCGGUUGCACUUGUGCUUGUGCUUCAGCCCCGUCGGCGACGACUUUCGCAGCCGCGCGCGAAAGUUUCCUGCCCUCGUCAACUGCACCGUCAUCGAUUGGUUCCAGCCGUGGCCCAAGGAAGCGCUGUUGUCCGUGGGCAAGGAAAAACUCAAGGAAAUCAGCGACCUCCUUGGCUCGGACGACUCGCGCACCGGCAUUGAAAACUUCAUGCCGUUUUCGUUUGUGUCGGUGAAUCAAUGCGCCGAGCGAUUCUUCCAAGUCGAACGACGAUAUGUGUACACAACGCCCAAGUCGUACUUGGAGCUCCUCCAACUCUACAAGAACAUCCUGCGCAAGAAGGUCAAAGAGUACGCCGGUGCAAUCGAACGAUUGGAGAAGGGGCUGCAGAAGCUCAAGGACACGGGGGACACGGUCGCUCGGCUCGAGGUCGAGCUCAAGGUCAAGCUAGAGCAAGCCGAGGACAAGAAAGCCGUCGCGUCUGGCAUUGCAGAGACAGUCAACAAAGAAAAAGCCAAGGUCGAAGUCGAGUCCAAGAAAGCGUCCGAAGAAGCGGCCAAGUGCGCCAUCAUCCAAGCCGAAGUCACGGAAAAGCAGAGGUCGACGAUGGAAGAUCUCGCCAAGGCCGAACCCGCCGUGCAACAAGCCAUGGAAGCGCUCGACUCGCUCAACAAGAAAGAUCUCGGCGAAUGCAAAACGAUGAGCAAACCGCCGACCGGUGUGGACGACGUGUUCGGGGCGACCAUGGUCCUCUUGGCCGGCGUCCACCCCAACAUUGUCGUGACCAAGCAAGGCAAAGUCAAAGAUUUCAAGUGGGACGCGUGCAAGAAGCAAGUGCUGGGCAACAUUCCAGAGUACAUUGAGUACUUGAUCAAGUUUAAAGACAUUGUCGACGCGGGUCAAGUCCCGACGACGAAUUGGAAGGAAGUCCGCGAGUUCCUCGAGAAGGAGCACUUCAAACCAGACAUUAUUGCGACCAAGAACAAGGCAGCGGCCGGAUUGUGCAGUUGGGUGGUCAACAUUGUCAUGUACUACGACAUUCUCAUCACGGUCGAACCAAAACGCAUGGCCCUGGCGGCCGCCAACUUGGAACUGGAAUCGGCCAACAAACGCCUCGGUGAGGUCACUGCGUUGGUCGCUGAUUUGCAGGAGAAGCUCGACAAGUUGAUGGAGGAAGCGGCGGCGGCCGAAAAAGAAAAGGAAGACGCGAUCAAUUCCGUCGAGCAAGGGAAUCGCAAGAUGAAGCUGGCCGGCACGUUGACCAAAGACCUGGGGUCGGAAAACGUCCGAUGGGGCAUCAACGUCCUGCAGUUGCAAAAGGAAAAAGAUUUGCUCGUCGGCGACUGCCUCCUCGCGUCCGCGUUCAUUUCGUACAUUGGCCCGUUUACCAAGCCAUUCCGCGACGAGCUCAUCAACAAACACUGGGUCCCGUACCUGCGGAAAGCGGCCAACGGCAACAGUAUCGCGAUGAGCGAAGAGAGCAAUCCUGUGUACAUCUUGACGAACGAUGCUGAGAUCGCCGAGUGGAAUACGCAAAAACUCCCUGCCGACCGCGUGUCGACGGAAAACGGCGCUAUCGUAGUCAACACAGUUGCUAUGGGGCGACGGCCACUUAUCAUUGACCCCCAGCUCCAAGCAAUUGCGUGGAUCCGGGAAAAGGAAGCCCCGUACAACCUCCAAAUUGUCCGAAUGGGCCAAAAAUUCUGGAUCGACAAGCUCAAAUCCGCGAUCGGGACGAAGACCGCGUUCUUGAUUGAAAACUUGGGCGAAAAGAUUGAUGCGAUCCUUGCGCCGGUCAUUCAGCGAAGCACGUCCAAGCGUGGGAACCGCGUGGAAAUCGUGAUCGGCGACGCGUCCGUCCCGUACUGCGAAGAAUUCCGCUUGUAUUUGCACACCAAGCUCGGGAACCCGCACUACCCGCCGGAAAUUCAAGCAGAGUGCACGAUGGUCAACUUUACCGUGACCAACUUGGGGCUCGAAGACCAAUUGCUCAACUUGGUCGUGAGCAAGGAGCGGUCCGACCUGGCCAUCAAGCGCGAGAAGCUCAUCCAACAACAAAACCAAGGCAAGAUUGAGCUCAAGAAACUCGAAGACAUCAUUUUGCAGUACUUGGCCGAAGCCGACGACGACAUCACGAGCAACCAGCCCUUGAUUGCGAUUUUGAGCGACACCAAGUACAAGGCCCAGAUGACGCAAACCAACAUGGAAGCCGCCAAGAGGACGCAAGACAGCGUCAACGUCACGAGCGAAAAGUACCGCAGCAUUGCCGCCCGCGGCUCGCUGCUCUUUUUCCUCAUGAACGACCUGUCCAAAGUCCACUCGUACUACAUUUACUCGCUCGCGGCGUUCCAGAAGGUGUUUCUUCAAGGGAUUUACAACCUGCCUGUCGUGAAGGAGGUCGAGGACCCGCCGCCCGCCGACGGGGACGUCCCAGCGGAGGUACCGCCCGACGGAGGGGCUCCUGCCCCUGGAGACGAGCCGUCCACGGAUCUGUCGGACGAAGACAUUGAGAAGCGAUGCAAAGCGCUCAUCAUUUCCAUCACAACGUGCGUCUUCGACUACAUUCGUCGCGGUUUGUUUGAACGCGACAAGCUCACGGUGGCCACGAUGCUGUGCCUGAAAAUCCUCGUGCGCGACCAAGUCCUGAGUGACGUGGAGAUCGAAACGUUCUUGCUGGGCAAGUCGGUCGCGGAUCCGGGGAACAUGGGGGUGUUGGCCGAGUGGCUGCCAGCGUCGUGCUUUGCCAAGCUCAAGGCACUUGAAACGAUGAAGGUGUUUCACAACCUCGGGGACAUUAUGCAGAAUGAACCCGACGAGUGGCGAAAGUGGUUUGCCGCGGAAGAUGCCGAGGUUGCCAAGUUGCCGGGUGACUUUAGUAAACUGUCGUCGUUUUCCAAGAUCAUUCUCCUCCGCGCCUUGCGUCCCGAUCGAGUCACGAACGCGCUGCGGACGUUUAUUUUAGAGUCGCUCGGGGAGCAGUACGUGUCGCAGCCCCCGUUUGACAUGGUCAAGACAUUUGAAGAAACGAACCCGGCGAUCCCAAUCUUUUUUGUGCUGUUUCCGGGGGUAGACCCGACGCCAUGGGUCGAGAACCUUGGCCGAACCAAAGGCAUCAGCGUCGAGAACGACAACUUUAUCAACAUUUCGAUGGGCCAAGGGCAGGAACAACACGCCGGCGACUGUCUCAAGAAACUCGCGACCAAGGGCGGGUGGAUCAUUUUGCAAAACGUGCACUUGAUGCAAAGCUGGCUGCCGCUGUUGGAACGUCAGCUCGAAGAAAUCGUGGCGGAGGGACCACACGACAUGUUUCGGUGUUUUAUCUCGGCCGAACCGCCGCCAAUCUUGCUGCCGUUGGAGCUCAACGUGCCCGAGUCGCUCAUGCAGUCGUGCAUCAAGGUGGCGAACGAAGCGCCGUCGGACAUUCAGUCCAACUUGCGCCGCGCGUGGGCAACGUUUGGCGACGACAAAGUCCAAGCUAGCACCAAGCCCACCGAGUUCAAAGCGUGUUUGUUUUCGCUGUGCUGGUUCCACGCGAUUGUGCUGGGGCGGCGGCGAUUUGGUCAGCAGGGGUGGAGUCGAGCGUACAGCUUCAACACGGGCGACUUGACCAUUUGUGGCAACGUUCUCAUGAGCUACCUCGACAACAACGAGCAAGUGCCGUGGGACGAUCUCCGGUACAUCUUUGGCGAAAUCAUGUACGGCGGGCACAUCACGGAUUCGUGGGACCGCCGGACAAACAACACGUACUUGACCGUGCUGCUGAAUCCCGGCCUUCUCUCCGGGAUGGAGCUCGGCCCGGGCUUCAAGAGCCCCAACCCGGCCGAGUUUUCCUUUCACGACUACGCGCAGUACAUUGAGAAGAACAUGGUGGCGGAGAGCCCGCCCCUGUUUGGGCUCCAUCCAAACGCCGAAAUCGGGUACCUCACGACCACAUGCGAAACGUUGUGUUACGCGAUCGUGUCGAUUGGUGGCGGGGGCGGCGGCGGUGGUGGCGGGGGCGGCAUGGACAAAACGGCCAUGUUGAAAGCCUCGAUUGACGACUUUGAGGCGCGGACGCCCGAGUUCUUUUCCAUGUUGGAUUUGCAAGAAAUUGCGGCGCCGCGGCUGACGGCAGACCAUGGUCCGUUUGUUGUCGUGGCAAUGCAGGAGUGCGAUCGAAUGAACGUCCUGCUGGACGAGUUGCGCAAGUCGCUCGCGGAUUUGAAGAAAGGUUUGAACGGACAGCUCAACAUGAGCCAAGCGAUGGAGGACUUGGCGACAGCGAUUGGCCUGAACGAAGUCCCAGGACGCAAUCCGUUCUCCCAGUGCAAAUGGGAAAAGAAAGCAUGGCCGUCCAAAAAGUCGCUGAGCGGUUGGUUUGUCGACAUGAUCAAGCGCCACCAGCAACUGCAAGUGUGGUCGGUCGACUUUGUCACGCCGUUUGCGCUGUGGCUCCCUGGCUUGUUCAACCCGACCGCGUACACGACGGCGUGCCUCCAAGUGACGUCCCGGCGGAAAAUGAUGCCGCUCAACAAGAUGACUGUUGAAACGCACAUGACGACGUUUGGAUCGGUGGACGCGGCAAACUACUACCCGGACGACGGCGUGUUUGUGUUUGGUCUGUACAUUGAAGGCGCGCGAUGGUCGACUUUGGACGAGGUCAACAACCGGUACAAGGUCGGUACGUCGCCGACAACGGAAUGCGGCGGCGUCAUCGUGGACUCGAACCCAAAGGAACUGCUGUGGAUGAUGCCGGUCGUGUAUGUCAAAGCGGUCGAGACCAAACCGUUGUGGGAACCGACGAGUGUGGGGUACCUCCGCCACGACCCCCUCGUCUACGAGUGUCCGGUGUACCUCACUCGAUUCCGAGGCCCGACGUACGUCCUCCUGGCGACGUUGCCCACGGACUGUGGCCGGGAAAAGUGGGUCCUGCGCGGCGUCGCGUUGUUGUUUCAAGACGACAAUUAGGGGUUGGACGGUCGUUAAUCUAUAUUGAUGUGUCGACGACAGGUUGGGCAUGGCGAUGUCGAGGCAUAUUGGAUGGACGGGACGAGAACGGCGCAGCACUUGGCGGGCUCGGCGACAACAUUCGCACUCGUCGUUUUCGCGCGUUGCACGGAGGAUGGUCAAGGUCGCCAUGCCUCGAAGCGGCGCGAACGCGUGGCAGCAACAAACGAAAAACGACCAUCCUCGCUGCAUGGGUUUGGUGGUUGUUGUCAACUCGCUGUGUGCGGUAGAGAUGCCGAGUCGGUUGGUUUCGUUUGAAUCCAUCCUGUUUGGUAUGAUAUCGUUUCGUGGCGCUGUCGAGAGAGCGCCAAGAGCAAUUGUGGAUAACGACGGAACCGAACGUGGCGAUUCGUCAGGUUGGAUUUCAUUUGGCUUCAAGCGUUCGAUGGCGGGCCUCCUGGCUCGACCGACUCGAGGUCGUUUGCCGUGGUGACGUUCUCUGGACUGUCCAGUCUGUCUGCAGGAUGGUUGACGAUCCAGGUGAUGUGGUGCGGUUGGCCUCACAACGCGCACUCGUUUGCGCCGUGGACAUGGCACCGAGCUCGUGACAAUGCGACCGUUGUGCUCGGAUGGACUUUGCUGAGCACCCCUGUCCCACGACACCGUGUCGAUGUUCAAGAAGUUGCGAUCCACACGACUUGCCCAGGACAGGCAACUCGGUGGGCAAAAUGCAUCACAAACAACGAGUGGCCGAUCGAACACUACAAACGACGACGGUCGAUUCAUACACCAACUACCACGGCCCUCUACAUGCAAACGGACAGAGCGGACAGGAUCAUGACAGCGCCUGCACCCAUCGCCGACGAGGCGGUGCUCGUCUUGGCUGCAGCGGGGGUGGACCCCGAGCUGUUUUUCAUCGCCAUGCUCGAGCUGGGUGUAGAAGUUGCUGGGAGAAUCGUCAACUUGGGGGCUGGGUGCGCGGGAUCCGCCAACUUGCCGCUUGCAUCCGGCACCGACGUCCACGCGAGCGUGCCAUUGGGAGUGGUUUCUUGGGUGACGGGGAAGUACAGCGUCGUGUUGGGAGCGAGGUCACCGACCUUGAGCUGAAGGCCAAAAUCCUGAAACAAUUCGUCCGGCAACGAGCCAUCGUACCACGUGACCCGCGAGAUCGCGUCCGUGCCGUUGAUUUUCUUGGUGUCGAGCGCGACUUUCCAACCCGCAACCUGUUGCGGCUUCACCGACGCAAGGCCGAUGGGAAUGUCAAUGCUAAUGUUCGUCGUCACGGCCCCCGGGAACGAGUGCCCCACGCGAAACACCGCGACAGUGUUGGCAUUGGGCGCGGCGACGGGGGGCAAAAUCGAAAAGUGCGCCGACGUCGACGUCGCCAUCGCGACGAGAGCGGCCAUUGCUGUGAACAAGUGCAUUGUGU